AACCCUAGCAACCGGCGUAAACAGUCGUUGUUGACGUGGACUGUAUAGCGGGUGUAGUCUAAUCGAUUUUCAAAGCGAUUUUUAUUUACCACAAUCAUUGGAUGUGUUGCUGUUGUUGUUGUUAUUGUCUCAUAUCAACGUGAGCUCGUUGUGUGCGGGGUGACGCAAGUUGCCAUGCCCGGCGGUCGCGGGACAUCGAUCCCCAGUGGUGUGAAGCCGUUGAAUUGCUACCAGCUUUCGGGUGCAGUGUCUCAUCAGCUGCCUCCAAAAGACUUCAUCGAGCCACUGGUGGGCUCCGCUCAGCUGUCCGUGUGGCCAGCGGGCCCUCUGGCCGUUUCGCCCCAGGCACCGGGCCCCUCCGAGUGUUCCCGGGGCCUCCGCAGGCCUCAAGGGACCCCCUACCCGCCGGCCUCGCGCCCCACUGCAAAGCCACGCUUCCUGCAGCAGUUGGAGGCCGGCCUCAGGCAGGAGCUGGGAACACUCAGAUCAUUGAACCCAGACUCACAGAACCUGGAUUUGGCUGCACAGGAGGUUAGACUCCAGGCCUUUCGAGAGGCGUUCAAUUGCAUCAUCGAAAACUUCACAACCUACAAGCCACUGCUGGCAGCGAUCAAGUGCGAAUACGAAGCCACGUUAGGCCAACUGCGGGGCCGCGUGGCCCAGCUGGAGCCGCUGCGGGGGCUGCUCGUGGCGGAGAGCGAGCGGCGGGCGACUGAGGGGGUGGACGCGCACCGGGAGGAGAGCGACGCAGCCGCACGGCUACGCCGGGACAACCGCGAGCUGUUGCGACGCCUCCAGGAGGAGAGCGGGCGCACGGACGCGACACGGCUGCAGGUGGAGCGUCUGAAGGAGGAGCUGUCGGCUGAGUACCAGCGAAGGCGCGACGAGUCCGACGCUCGGCGACUCCUCAACAACGAGAUUCUGGAGCUGAGGGCGCUGCAGGAGAAUGCGCAGCGCUUGCAGGCACACGAGGACGAUUGGGCCGACCCCGUGGCCCUGCGUCUGGCCCUGCGCGUGGCCCGCCAGGACCUGUCGCGCGUGCAGGACGAGCUGACGUGCACGAGGGCCGACUACGCCGACGUGGUGCCUCGCCGCGACCACGAGGCCCUGGCGGCCAGCCACGCCGCGCUGGCCCGCCACGCGGAGCUCCACGGCAGGGACCUGCUGCUGCUCCAGCAGGAGCACGGCUCCCUGCUGGAGCUCCACGAGCAGCUCCUGCAGCAGAGGGACGGGCUGAGCGCGGAGGUGGAGGAGCUGCGGCGGAGCUCCACGCCCAGGCCUCCGUGGGAGGAGUGCGGGGCGGUGAUUGAGGGUGGAGUGGACAGGUGGACUCACCUAUGCGAGGGCAGGAGCAGCGGGGAGAUCAUGAAGCUGCUGCUCGCGGAGGUGAUGGGAGUCUCCAACCCGGGCUUCACCGAGGAGAACGCUGACCAAGAGGGCGGUGCAGCCGAUGGGGCCUGGAGCGUGGAGGAGCUGUGCGCCGUCGUGCAAGACGUGUGGAGGGAGAAGCGGGCGGCCGAUGGCGUGGCCGGUGUUCGCUCGGAGCUGUCGCACUUCCUGGUGGACUUUGGGGAGACGCGGGCGGCAGCGGGUGGCGAGGGGUCGUCGGCGCGUGGCCGCGGGGCCGAGUGGGCGCGCGGCGUGCGGGCCGCGUGCCGCGCUCACCGCGACCGCGCCGGCGCCGUCCGCCUCUUCCUCUCCAUCCUCGACGGAGAGCUGGAUGAGUCUUUGUACCACGGGCAGAUACAGAUUCUCUCCCAGCUCGAGCGGACCCUGUCAAUGGUUGACUCAUCGGCAGCCGGCGUUCUGUCUGCGCAGCAAUUCACGGAUGCCCUCCACCGUGCCUUCCCUCUCAAGGAGGAGGGCCUCAUCGCGGAGCUCCACCAGGGGGCCUGUGCUCAGCUGGGCUUGGACAGCAUCGACGCCUCCAUCCCUUAUCGGGCCCUCUUCACUGAGGGAGAGUCGCUCAGCUCGCAGGAGUUCAUGCAGACGCUGCACAGGCAGAUGCACGAGGAGAAGCUGCUCUACCUGCAGGAGGUGGAGGAGGCAGUGGGAGACACGGGGGAGGUGUCGGUGUCGUCUCUCCGCGCCGCCUUCCUGCGCGUCGACCCCUGCCUGGACCAGCCGGACAUCGACGCGUACCUGGCGCGGGCCUUCCACUCGGACCCAGACCGCCUGGAGAGGGCUCCCCCUUGCGAUUGGGCCACGGUGGCGGGUCGCCUGAAGGCCGCUCACGUGAAGAGGGCCGGGCCCCCACCCUCAUGAGUAUGAGUUGGCAAGCGCACAACACACCAACGCAACAAAGAUAAAGAUCCCGCCCGUGUAGUCUUCGCAGGCUGUUGCGCCAAGUGCCAUUAACGAGGCCGGCACGGCACACGAGGUGGUGGGUGGUCAGCACCACACCCGGCCGCCUUUGUCUCCCCACCGCUGAUGUUUACACACUUACCAUGUGCUCAUUUAAGGCCGAGUUGAUCUACAGAAGGCCCAGGACAGGUUUAAGGACCGCUUUGCUACCUCUUUCCACUGCACAACCGAGCCGUGCCAAGGCCGUGCCGAGUCUAUGGGUUUCGAUUUAAAGCUUUCGUGACUGCAGGGAUUCAUCUUCUUGGUUCUUUCGGUAAAGUCACGUAGAAGGGAAAUAAUAAAAUAAUAAAAAAUCAUUUAAAAAAAAAUAUUAUUUCCCUUCUACGUGACUUUACCGAAAGAACCAAGAAGAUGAGUCUAUGGGUCUCUAUACCGAGUCCAGCAUGGUUAUGGAGACACAAAUGUGCCAGUCGGAUAGGGGUAGUCGACACGGCUAGAAUUUGAACUCAAGUUGUCAGGUUCGAAGCGCAGUGCGUCAGCCCCUAAGCCACCGCUCCACACAUUGACAACAAUAACAACAGCAACAGUCAUUUGCCACUGAGUGGCGGUGACGUCACCACGGCGCUUGUGCCAGGGUAGGUGCGCCUUGAGGCAUCGUAGAGUGUGGAAUGUUCGCUGCUCGUAGGAAAUCACAGACCCAGGUGCCAUGGGUUGACUGAGAUGACUGGCAGAUGUUACCUACCACCUGUGCUCCCUACUGUGCUAACUCGCUGUGUCUCAGCCGCCCGGCGCUCCGCUCGUUGUUGUGAGCAGCACUCCUCUGCCGUCUGUCAUCGCCGGAGGGUGCCCACCUCCAUCUGCCCAGUAGCAGCGUCCUUCACGAGCCUCCUCCAACAGCGGCCCAUCUUGAAAGGGCGCUGUGGAGGAGGCUUGCAAACACGCGCGUACACACACGGAACGUAACAAUGUCCGUCAUCCACACGAAUUAAGUGCGCGUGAGUGUUAUUCACAGAUCUCGGUUACAGCCGAUAGAAUUAUGUCGGAUAUGUCCAUGAGUGUGGCAUUCUGUGUAAACAAUAAAAGCAAUUGUAUUCUCUUCGGAAUUCUAUUCGGAAUUAGUGGUGCGAUGUGUGGGUCUCGAUAGAGGUGUUUAUUCUGGUUCUUCAAUUAUUCACUGCGUUUUACUAAAAACUGUUUCUAUUUUAUUUUACCAAGUAAGGCCCCACUGAGCUGUAGUCCUCUUUUUCAGAAGAGACCCGGCCAUCACAAAUGAUAGCUCAACGAAGCGGCUUAUCAUCGCGUGGAAUUGUAUAGCAACCUAAAUGAUCUCAGUAAUGUAAACGCCCGUUUCAGCUGAACAAAUGCAACCCCGUGGCAUGGGUUUAACUGGGCAUCCCGCCUCCUGUUUUAGAUAUUUUCAUGAGCCUCGGCGGAAAGUUGCCACCUGUUUCACAGACCAAACCCGCAAAUGUAUCUCAAUUACACGUUGGUCUAUCAAAACUGUGCAGUAUUCUGCAAUAAAGUUCAACACA